CCGCUAUCUCUCGAUCCCACCGAGGGCCGACCGAAACGCAUCGGCACACUGGAUUGCCUGCCCUGCUCCGCCGCGCCCAGGGAAGGCGCUCGUCGGUACCUGAUCUCCAGCUUCCAUUCUUGGUGGGCACGGGUUGGUGCAGGCCCUGCGACUGCUUGCACCGCCAGUGGCUCUGGCAGCAGGAUCAUUAAACGCAAGCGCAGCGGGUCAAAGUCAAUACUCGUAAGGGCAGCAGGCAGACUACCACCAGGGCACAAAAUGUGAUUGCCGGCGUCGGAACAUGAAUCAUCAGAAGGGUCGCCCAAGAGCUUCAUCCACCCGUUCAAAUAUCUCCAACCACUCGGAAUUGACCACAGGUUCGAGUAGCAGGCCGCAGCCGUCUCCACGACGGGCCCCCUCCAACAACGACCGCGAUUUGUCGGUCCCUCUUUAUUUGAACGACGUCCCAACUCUCACGACUCAUAGCUCCUCGAACUUGCUGAUUCCUUUUUAUGGAGUCGGCGGUUCAGGAUCACCUUAUCCAACUAUCGCUGCCUCCAGCGCACCCUCGAGACCACGAUCCAGAUCUGCUGUGACGACGGCAGAUCCCUUACCUUCACCUCUAUUCGCUCCUCCAUCUCCAUAUCGACCCUCACCCUCGACGCGCGCAUCUCCAGGAGCUAUGUACCAACCCGGUCAACGUGUGCCAGAUGCCUCGAGGCAAUAUGUCCCUCCUCCGCCUCCCAUGUCUCCCCCCUCGCAACCACAUAUGAUGUCGCUACCUCCCCCACCCCCUCGUCCACCGACUGGUCAAUCGCAUCAACACCCAGGCGUCAUGAUACCACCACCGCCUGGCCCUCCACCAGGAGGAUCACAGUCCAAUUGGCAAGGAAGUUGGGGUAGGACUUAUGAUGCGAGAGGGUUUCCAUUACCACCACCACCUCCCUCGAGCGGCCAGCAUCAGGCGUACAAUCCAAGUCAGCCAUAUGCCAAUCAACCACCUCCCCCGUUGUCUAUCCCGCCUCCUCCAUCUUCUGAGCUGCAGAUGUCUGCAACUUAUAUUCCGGGCGGAGAUUCAUUUGGGCCGGGAGUUGGAAUUCCUGGGUUUAGCGGGGGUAGAGACUCCAUGUAUAUGAAAAUAGACAGCGCAGAGUAUGAAUUUCUCAAAUUGCUUUAUAUAUCGUUCUCUGUAUCUCUCACCUUUUUGGAUAUGCUAACACCGUUAAAAAUAGAUUCACUGCGGUUUCUGAAAGCGCCAGGAAGGAAGCGAUGGACGAUGGCACUAGCUGGUAUAGCGACCGGGAUAGAUCAUACCAGACAUCGUCCACGCGAUAUCCUAAUGUUCAUCUGCCUGAAUAUACUCCAACGCCAACAAGUUCAAACGCGAAUUCGCAAAUGUCCAACCGAGGACCGAGUUCCAUAUCAACGGCAACUUUACCAAGUAGCAGUACUUCAAACACGCCAAUUUCACCCCACGAAGCUGGAUCACAGUGGUCAAUGGAACGUGUAUUACUAUGGUUAGCAAGCAACCAGUUCUCAAACGACUGGCAAGAGACAUUUAAAGCCCUUAAUAUUUACGGAUCAAUGUUUUUGGAAUUGGGAAGUGGUCAUGGAGGAAGAGGAAAUUUUGGAAUGAUGCACCAGCAAGUUUAUCCACGAUUAGCCAAGGAGUGCUCCAAUAGUGGGACUGGUUGGGACCAAGCCAGAGAGCGCGAAGAAGGCAAACGAAUGCGACGACUAAUUCGGGGAAUCGUUACGGGGAGAAGUACAGAUCUGUCGAAGUCAUCCCAUGUACGACGAGCGUCCUCGAGCGCCAACGUCCAAAGCGCAGGGACUGAGGGUACCCUAGAAUCGUCACCAAAUCUUGGACGCGACGCACAUGUUGUUACACCAAACACAGCAAAUGGAGAUGACAGUCCGGGGAAGUCCAUGUUCAAAAGUGGCCUAGGGACUUCUCGUAAAAUAUCCGUUCGAAGCACGACUAUGCCUAUUUUGGGGGCUAACACUAAUAAUUCGGAUGGUGGACAGAAUCGAAACGCGCAUAGAAAUGUCCUCCGUAAUAUUGAUAGUGAAGGAAGACGUCAUAGUCCUAUUGCUGGGGAAAGCGAUAAUACGCUCAAAGGGGGCCUUCGAGUAGAUGGAAGCCCCAAAAGUGGAAGCCCCUCGGGAACAUUUGCAACUCUGUAUUCCCCCAACAAUCUUUCUGCCUCGCCUAGAUUUCCUUCGCACCGAUCAACCAACAGCACAGAUUCAACUUCAUCUAACGCUGCCAUAUAUGGGUCAGGCAUUCCUCCCGGAGCAGCUCAAGUUUUACGUGGUGGUAUGGGGGGUGCUGUAGGAGAGACAAAUCUCGUGCGAAACCAAGAGUCUCGCCGACAUGGCGUGGAUGGUACACGUCCCUCGCCCUUGGAACCCGGGAGUUUGGAUCACCCAGUAUCGGCGAAGGAGUCCAAAGGGUUUCUGAUGAAGCAUUUCAGGAAGAAGAAGAAGGACGACGGGGGAGCUCCAUCGCCUGAGGAUACCAAUCUGGAGUCCCCUACAAGCCCUUACGCAAGCUUUAAACCUUCUAUUCUUGGAAAUGGUAAAGUAAGCAACUCUAGCGAGACCUCUCUUGACAGGCCUUUAUCUACAUUUUCUGCCUCCGAGUAUGAUCGAUUUGCUGGUGGGUACAAAAGCCGACGGCAGGGCAGGACCUUUGUACUUGCUACGAUGGACGGAUGGAAUUAUCGCAUGUGUGACAUUUCCGAUACUGACCACCCCGCUGAAAUACGCAGCUCGAUAUGUAAUCAGAUGGGCAUACACAAUCCUGACCUUGCUCACUUAUAUGUGACUGAACUUGGUAGGUCGGAACAUGACGAGCCGCUUGAUGAUAAGAAUCUGCUCGUGCAGCGGAGGAAAAAUGCCGAUCAACCAGGUGGUUUGAAGUUCUACAUUCGGACUGCAACAAGUCUUGUUUCUCCUGGGCUGGGGUUGAAUUUUGGAAAUAAAGGCUUAUCUCCUGGUCUAUCUCCCGGCUUGCCUGCCGGUACGCCUAUAGAUGAGGAUACGUAUGCUAAGCUUAACGGGACGAGAACGCGAUCUAGCUCCUCUCCAACGUCUCGUCAAAAUACCAUCAAAGCGGAUGCCCCGUCUACCAGUCGAGAUGCUCCUAGUGUUCCAAUGAUCCACCAAAAUGACGUUCUUCAGAAUCGUUUGAGGCAGUUUAAGGCCACCCAGGAGAAUGGCGAGAGUCAACUCUCCGAGGCCGAAAAGGAGGCUUUGAUGAAGACAGCUAUUAAUGAUCACCGAGCUGAUAUGGAAAGAAAGCAGAAGGCCUACGAAGAGAAGAAAAGGGCAAACAAGGAGGCUAACAUCUCUGCUGAUGGAUCAUUUGGCAUUGUCGGGCGCACUGUUGAUUUCGACCAACCACGACUUUCUCCUUUCGAGGAUAAGAAACCCGAUAGCCUAUAUCCCCAAAGGAGACCUCCUCCACCACCAGCCGAGUCUGCAACAUUGAUUAAGGCUAAUUCUUUGAGCAAGAAGUCUGGACAGACUCGCCUUUCUGUUGGCAGCGUAGAUAGUGAAGGCAGGCGUCUUUCUGGUAGUGGCGAGACCGUUUGGGCUCCCCAGGAGCAGCCGCGACGCAUUCCCGAGUCUCCGCAAGUGGCCGGUGGAAUUGCUGCCGCACUUAUUGGGAUGGGAAGUCGACUGGGUGGCGUUGGUCGUCCAAUCCCAGGUAAUACAUCUUCGCCAAGCAUCAAUAGGACACCCCCAGGUAGUAGUGGCCAAGGGGAUAGGGGUAGAAGUGCCAUGACCAGUGUUGACUAUACAAACUCCGGCAGGAGUAGUCCGAGAUCCCUGAGUGGCACUCCUGGAAGCACAACCUGGAGUAAAGGCGAGACCGCAUUCGUUGUUCCAGAUUACCGCGAGGAUGAUGUUUCAGGACGAGAUCGAUCGUUAUCUUUAAAGAUACCCCAAAAGUCAUCAGCUACCAACUUGCGGCUCGACGACAUCAAAAAGGUUACUUCGCCAUCUGAGCUUAGCCCUACAAGUGCCCAUCAUAAUACCGGAUUGACGGCUCCAGGCAACCGCAAGUCUUAUGGGCCGAACUUUGACUUUACUGAUGAUGCGAGUAUUGUAUUCGAGAAAUCGCCCAUGCCAGGAGAGCAAGAGGACUCCGACGAUGAUUCUGAUGAUGGUUUAUUUGCUGUCCCAUUGGCCGCUCGAAAGCUUUCUGCUAAACCAAGUAUAAGGAGGGAUCUUUCAGGUGAUGGCGCAUCUGGUAACGACGAUGUCAUGGGCAAGAAACCUAACCUGACGAUUAAAACCUCGAGAUCGAAGAAGGGCCUUUCGGUGUCUUUCACCUCGCCUCAACAGAGUACUUCAUCGAUUAAUGGCAAAACUCCCGAGUUUGACGAUGACAGCACCAAAAGCUCUACAAGACGAGCUCGACGUACACCAGGCUCGGCUUCUGAAGGUGGUUGGUUCGCUGAAUCUACCGAGGAGAUGAAUGCUAAACUCCUUCGCCGUGAAUCCUUCGCUAGAGAAGACGUAUGGGCAAACAGACCUCCUGCCGAAGCGCUUAUUAACCAUCUCGACGACUUCUUUCCUAACCUUGAUCUUGAUCAGCCUGUGUUAGAAGAAGGCACUACAUCUCCUAUACAAGAACAUGACGAUACCUUGGAGCAGCUCGCAGCUGCCCAGGCUGGCAUGUCCAUUACCACAUCAGGCCCAUCGCGCUUGGAUUCUAUUCGAAACAGUUCUUAUACCGAAAGCGACACUUUAGGGUCGGACGAGUCGACUUUGAAAGCCUUGGAGCGCCCAGGGUCUAUACAAAGCAUUGCACAGCGAAAUGUGCGGCGUUCAGGAGGCCUAGGCCGCAUGAAGUCAAUUCGUGAAGUUGCCAAGGGAGCCCACGAAGCCCACAAAAGAUUCACGUCCACCACGCCAAUGCCAUCAUCUGGUCCUUCGAGCAUGAUUCUUCGCCGGAAAAGCACAAAGAUGUUUGGUGCUAACAUUGUGCAAAUUAAGCCUCAACGCGGUAGUAUGCUUCUUCCACAGAUACCGCAAGACACAAUACCUAAGCGACAAGCAACUUUCAGGUGGUUCAAGGGCCAGUUGAUUGGAAAGGGUACUUAUGGGCGUGUGUAUCUGGGUAUGAAUGCGACAACUGGAGAGUUCUUGGCUGUUAAGCAAGUCGAAGUCAGCGCCAAAGCUGCUGGAAACGACAAGGAAAAGAUGCGCGAAAUGGUUGCCGCGCUCGACAUUGAGAUUGAUACUAUGCAGCAUCUUGAUCAUGUGAAUAUUGUACAGUAUUUGGGUUGUGAACGAAAGGAAACGUCUAUAAGCAUCUUCUUGGAGUAUAUUUCUGGUGGUAGCGUGGGAAGUUGCUUGAGAAAGCAUGGGAAAUUUGAGGAGCAAGUCGUCAGCUCUCUUACCCGUCAGACUCUGGCAGGCCUGGAGUAUCUUCACAGGGAGGGAAUUCUUCAUCGAGAUCUCAAGGCAGACAAUAUUCUGCUGGAUCUUGAUGGAACCUGCAAGAUUUCUGAUUUUGGUAUCUCCAAAAAGUCAGAUAAUAUCUAUGGCAAUGAUGCUUCUAAUAACAUGCAAGGUUCUGUGUUCUGGAUGGCCCCCGAAGUGGUACGAUCCCAGGGCCAGGGUUAUUCUGCCAAGGUCGACAUUUGGUCACUAGGAUGUGUGGUGCUCGAAAUGUUUGCUGGUCGUCGACCAUGGAGCAAGGAAGAGACUGUGGGAGCAAUCUAUAAGCUCGGUAGUCUAAAUGAGGCGCCACCCGUUCCCGACGAUGUCUCUCGAGAGAUCAGCCCUAUUGCGGUGGCAUUUAUGGCUGAUUGUUUUACCAUGUUAGUUUCCUUGCGUUCUUCUUUGCUUCGAGUUGUUUGCUAAUCUGGUUUCCAGUGUCCCCUCAGAACGCCCCACUGCCCAAACACUUCUAUCAGAGCAUCCAUUCUGUUACAUUGACCAAAACUACAAUUUUCUCGAUACCAAUCUGUACGCUAAGAUCCGGGGUGCGUAUUGAAGAGCAUGAGUAUGCAUCAUCUUUUCAUCUUCCAACUUCUGGCUUACGAUGAGUUUUGCACAUAUGGAGGCGUUGAGGUUUCUUGAAGGGUUUUUUCUUUGAGGAAAUUCAUUUCUAUAUGGUUUCUAAAAUUUGGGUGUAAAUGGCGACGACUUUUAUGAUUUUUUUGCUUCUUGUUUGCAGAUGAAAAUGCGGACCCCAUGCGGGUCCCCUCUUUUUGAUGAUAUCCCCCGUUAUUAUAGGUACUGUUUCGCGCUGUUCUCUUAUAUUUCGAGAGAUAUUAAUGGCGCUGGAAUGCUAGUGCCGGUGUUUAGGUUAGUGGGAUGAAGAGUUGUGUAUAUUAAAUUACCUGUAUCUGACGGAGACUCAAAUUAUAAGAGUUAAUUGUUUGAAUAAUUGUACAAUAGAAAGUCCU